UGUACACUCUUUGGGGAAAGAGACCUCACUCUAGUCUCUUUAGCCCUGCUCUAGCUGACGGAUAGACGGUCUAAUUAUUGAUGUGAAGAUCCACAUAAUGGGGGAAUAUACGCCACGGUCCUCCAUUCUAUGUUUUAUCGGACUCUUUCUCGCAAGCGUCUCGGGUCCCGUCGACUGCAAACCACCCAACAUCCUUUUCAUCUUGGCCGAUGAUUACGGUUUCCAUGACAUCGGUUACCAUAGCUCCGAGAUCGAGACACCCAACCUGAACCGGUUGGCCGCCGGGGGCGUCAGACUAGAGAACUACUACGUCCAGCCCAUCUGCACGCCGACACGUAGCCAGCUGAUGAGCGGCAAAUAUCAGAUCCACACCGGGUUGCAGCACGGGAAUAUUGAACUUGAACAACCCAGUUGCUUGCCUCUCGAUGACGUCACUCUGGCCCAGAAACUCAAGGAGUCAGGGUACGCGACCCACAUCGUAGGCAAAUGGCACCUUGGGAUUUACAAGAAGGCAUGCUGGCCCACCCGUCGCGGGUUCGACAGCUACUUCGGCUACCUGCAAGGAGCUGAAGACUACUACACACAUUUCGCAUUUCGUGGACUAGAUUUGCGAGAUAACGACGACUCAGUAUGGAACUACACUGGUUCCUAUUCCACCACGCUGUUCACACAUCGGGCCCAGGAGCUCCUGCGACGGCAUAGUAGUCAGACACCGGACACGCCGUUGUUCCUAUACCUGCCAUACCAAGCCGUCCACGAACCCUUGGAGGUACCCGAGCAGUACAUGGUCCCGUACGCGCAUAUCACGGACAAAAAGAGGCGAAUCUAUGCCGGGAUGGUAGCGUGUAUGGAUGAGGGGAUCGGCAACAUCACACGGACGAUGGACCAGCUGGGACUGUGGAAAGAUACAGUGCUCAUCUUCUCAACGGAUAAUGGGGGACAAAUUUAUCAAGGCGGCAACAACUGGCCCCUGCGCGGGUGGAAAGGGAGUUUGUGGGAAGGCGGUAUGCACGGCAUAGGGUUCGUGCAUAGCCCCCUCCUACCAGCCAAGGUACAAGGUACCAUCAACAGGGAACUCAUACAUGUCAGCGAUUGGUUUCCCACGCUGGUUGCGGGCCUGGCUGGAGGGAGUUUGAACGGCACCAAACUGGACGGAUAUAACAUGUGGAAUACCAUUAGCCGUGGUGAUCCGUCGCCUCGCAAGGAAAUCCUUCACAAUAUCGAUCCGCUGUUUCAACGGCCCAAUAAAACACACUCGAUGCCUGUGAUGGGAACGAAAGUGUUUAAUGAGACCAUUCGGGCGGCGAUACGAUCGGGCGACUGGAAGCUGAUCACUGGAUCGCCGGGUAACAGCAGCUGGAUUCCCCCUCCUGACUACGGAUUUACCCCGGUCACCCCAAUCGAAGCACCCGGUAAGAUGGUGUGGUUGUUCAACAUCACGGCAGACCCCAGCGAAUACUACGACAUGUCUUCCCAACGUCCAGACGUCGUGCAGCGCUUGAUGCAGAGGCUGCAGUACUACUACGAGGUUGCAGUGCCGGUGUUUUACCCGCCGAACGACCCCAGGGCUAAUCCCAAGUAUCACAAUGGCACCUGGAGUAAUUGGGAGUAAAUUCCCCUUUUUCUUAUCAAGUUAGUUUAUAAAGAACUUUUUCGUUUCCACAUUUAGCAGUAGGCCAACUGCGUUUUAUACCUCAUCAAAUGUAAGUAAGAUUUUGUACCUAAUUAAUUUUUCUGAUUUUCUAAAAUGUAUUAAUAUGAACCUGUAACGUCAACUUUGAUAGUGGCCUUAUGGUGAUGGAGUCAAUAAUUACGUAAAAUUUAAUAAGAAGAGUAUUUUGAUUAAUUCGUUACAAUUCUAAAACGGGAAGAAGUACAAUGCUGGUGUAUGUAUAUAUUUGUUCUUGUACUCUAUGGAUUUUAGUGCACUAUAGGAAAAAUAAACCCUGGCGAGGGUUACAACAAAAGGUUUAAAUAACACAAUUACAAUUCAAGUUUAAAUCAUGACAGCAUAUUCAUUUUAAUACUCCUAGUGCUACGCUGCACGUUGUUUACGCAUUGGCAGAAACAUUAAUUAGUCAAACUGACGGGCCUAUUUCAUUUCUUUGUUCUUUUGGACUAUAAUAGUAAUAUUUCCUAAAUUUCGUGGUCAUAUGUGACAAACUGUUUUAUUAAAAUAAAAAGCACGUGUGCUUUACCA